UUUAUACGAGAGCUCCAGUGCGUGCUGGGAAGUCUAGAGAGGAAGUUGGUGUCUAGUGUGCGCAAAAUGAUGCUGCUGGUGGCCUUUGUUGUGGUGUACUUGAGCUAUGUGCUGUUCAAAUACCACCAAAAACGUCAGCAAUUGCUGGAGAUUGCCAAACACUUCAAGGGACCGUAUCCAGACUACUUUCUCGGAUGUUUCUAUCUCUUCCGAAACAAAUCGGUUGCAGAAAUAUUCGACCUGCUGAAUGACAUGCACCACAAAUAUGGCGCCGACGUUAGCAUGAUCGGAGCGUUCAAUGACCUCGUGCUCGAUCUCUCCAGCACGCAGAACGUGGAGAAAGUGCUGCUGGCGAAGACGACGAAAAAAUCCUUCCCGUACGAAUUUCUCGAACCAUGGCUCGGUACCGGGCUGCUGCUAUCGUUCGGCGAAAAGUGGUUCCAGCGCCGGCGGAUCAUCACCCCAGCGUUCCACUUCAAGAUUCUCGACCAAUUCAUGGACGUGUUCAAUCACGAAGCGGACAUUCUCGUUUCGAAGCUGGAAAAGCAAGCCAACGGGAAUGAGUUCGAUAUCUACGAUUAUAUCACGCUGUACGCGCUGGAUAGCAUUUGUGCGACCUCGAUGGGGGUGCAAAUCAACGCACAGGAAGACCCGAACAAUGAGUAUGCCCGGGGCGUCAAGCAAAUGUCGGAGUACAUCUUCCGCCGGGUGUUUAGCGUACUGCGUCAGUUCCCAUCUCUCUUCUUCCUGUAUCCGUUUGCCAAGGAACAGGGAAGGGUGAUUAAGAAGCUGCAUGAUUUUACCAACUCCGUCAUCGAGAAGCGACGCCGACAGUUACAGACGGAACAAUCGAUUGGGAAGGUUGAGUUUAAUGCCGAUGAGGAUGAGCUUUACUCGAAGCGGAGGGAUACGUUCCUCGAUCAGCUGCUCAAGGUGACGAUCGAAGGAAAGCCGCUCAGUACGGCCGAUAUUCGGGAGGAGGUUGAUACGUUCAUGUUCGAGGGACACGAUACGACGACAUCCGGGAUUUCGUUCACAAUCCUUCAGCUGGCGAAGCAUCAGGAAAUUCAGCAGAAGUUGUUCGAAGAGAUCGAUGGAAUGUUGGGAGCGGGCGCUAAAACCACCGUACUGACCAGUGCCCUUCUGCAGGACAUGAAGUACUUGGAUUUGGUGAUCAAAGAAUCACUUCGUCUUGUACCACCGGUUCCGUUCAUUGGGCGCAAACUACUUGAGGACAUGGAAAUGAAUGGCAUUAAGGUUCCGGCAGGCACUACGCUCACCCUGAACAUUUUUAACGUGCACCGCAAUCCGAAAGUGUUCCCCGAGCCGGAAAAGUUUAUCCCCGAGCGCUUCUCCGACGAGAACGAAAUUAAGCGUGGCCCGUACGAUUAUAUCCCGUUCAGUGCCGGAUUCCGGAACUGUAUUGGGCAGAAGUAUGCGCUGCUGGAGAUGAAGGUAACGAUCGUGAAGCUGCUGGCAAGUUACAAAAUUCUACCCGGAGAGUCCAUCGAUCAAGUACGCUACAAGACGGAUUUGGUGCUGCGUCCGACUGCUGGAAUUCCGGUGAAACUUGAGAAGAGGAGUUAAGAUGUUUAGGUGUAGGUUUUGUAAAGUAUUUGGUCCUGUUUUUGUCGAAAAUAUAUUUGACACAUUAAGUCUCUAAAUUAAGAGAGUCAUAAAUUUA